CAUUGAGAGAAAAAAAAUACAAGACGAGGAUCGGCGCGGCGGAGAACGCGGGUGACGCAGUGUCCGAGAGUCAUUGAUCCCGGUACGUCUCCUCCCGGAGGCGCGGUGGAUAAAGCGCGCACCAUGCCUCACCCGCCGGCGCCGGCGUCUAACUUGGAGCCGCUCGUCCCUAUGCUGGCCCUCGCUGUUUACGUAGCUUGCGUCGGUGGGACCGGCGCUCUCGUAAAUUGCACUCUUUUAGCAACACUCUUCAAGUCAGCAAGAAACGGUGUAUAUUCCAUCAUCACACAAUUAGCAAUCGCCGACUUCGGUCUCAUUGGUGUGUGCUUGAUACAAAUGUGGUCUAGUAAUGCCAAGAAUUGGCAAUUCGGAAGUAUAGCUUGCUCAGCCUAUCAGGGUCUUCGCGUAUUCACUACAACAGUAUCUACCUACUUGAUAGUCACUAUCGCGUUACAUACACUAGCAACAAUUAACUUGGAAGAAAAGGCAGCAAUGAAAAGAAAUAGAAGAAAACUCCAAGAUGAGAACGAAGAAAUCAGAACAUCCAGACACAGCCUGGUGGCAAACAGCGACUCUUCCACUCCUCCUAGAACUAUGAAUGUAGAUUACCGGGUCAUAGACACGAGUGUCCCGGUGGCGCCGCCGACCACCUUUGUUUGGGUGCUGGGCUUCUCCCUGAGUAUACCAGAAUUUGUACUCGCCACGGUAGUUCACGUCGAUCGUGAAGUACUAUGCACAUCGGUGGACACCAAUCAUCAAGCGAAUAUGCAUACAUUGUUAGCUGUGUUCGAGACAUUUUUACCAAUUAUAAUAAUGUGUGUUACUGGUAUAUUAGUUAUAAAAAAACUAAAAUCUAAGAAAAGUAUUAUGGUGGUGUGGCCGGACUCCAUGUCUGCUUUAAAAUUAUCAAUCUGGUUAAUUGGAACCUAUAGUGUUUUCUGUAUACCACGUUCGGUAACAUCCAUAUAUAAUAUUUAUGCAUCGUCCACCAGCGAAAGUACGAGUGAAAUAUCACCAAUUGAGUUGACACCAAAAUCCUAUGAAAUCGCAAUGAUAAGUCUUUGCUGUGGUGCGGCAUAUCUAGCAGCCACAAUCAUACGGCCUCUUCUUUGUAUAUUCUUAUUGCCUCGACUAAAGAAGGUGAUAUGUAAAAAUUGCAAAGAUGUUGAUAAUAAUAUAAACAAUGUGUGAUGUUUAAAAAGUGCUUGUGACCUUGUGACAUUUAAAUUCGAUGAUAAUCGAAUUUCAUAACUCGAAAAAUAUGGUGUUUGUGUGCGUUCCCCUGGCAAAAAAGUAUGCUAGCGACCCGUAUCGGCUUGGCUCGAGUAAAACUAUAAUCCUCAAUAAGUACCUAACAUAAAACAGUUUUCUGACGAGUUUGUUCGUAAUAAAUUCAAAAACGUCUGCACGGAUUUUCAUGCGGUUUUCAACCAAUAGAUAGUGUGAUUCCUAAGGAAGGUUUAGGUGUAAGUAUACCUAAUUUACUGUGUUUACUCGAGCGAAGCUGGGACGAUUGACUUGAUUGAUCAAUCGCGUAUCAUAUCAUUACUAUGUACAUACGCGUACCACCUUCCAAUAUACUAUAAAAUAUUUUUAUUAUUUUUUG